AAACGUCAUCUCGAUGAAUCGAAUCCUCGAACCCGAGCAGUAAACAAACCACUCGGACGGCUCCGUCAGAUCGGAGCUGAAUUCGAACCCCGCCGGCUAUGGCGCCGCCACCGCGCCGUCUCCUCCUCGCGCUCUUCGGGUUCCUCACCGCGGCCGUUCUCGCUACUCUCGUCGCCGCUGUAUACGAAGACCAAGUCGGCCUCGCUGACUGGCAUCAGAAGUACAUCGGCAAAGUUAAGCAGGCUGUUUACCACAGUCAGAAGAGUGGAAGGAGGCGUGUUGUGGUCUUGACUGAGGAAAAUGUGAUCGCAUCUCUUGAUCUUCGUUCAGGAGAUAUAUUUUGGAGACAUGUCAUUGAGAAGAAUGACCCUAUUGAUCAGCUUAGCCUGUCACUUGGAAAAUAUGUCGUUACUCUUUCUUCGGGAGGUAGCAUAUUGAGGGCAUGGAAUCUUCCUGAUGGACAGAUGAUCUGGGAAACUAAUAUUCAAACUUCCACAGCAUCAAAAUCGCUGCUACAUGUUUUGUCAAGCAAUAAAGUGGCGAAGGAUAAUUUGGUUUUAGUUUCGACUGGACGGUCGAUUUAUGCUGUAUCAAGCAUUGAUGGAGUCAUUUCGUGGAGAAAGGACUUCACACUUGAUGACCUAGAAAUCAAGCAAGUCAUUCAAUCACCUGAGAAUGACAUUGUAUCUGUUGUUGGUGUUGCUGGUUCCUCAAAGCUAGCUUUAUAUCAAUUGAAUGCUAAAUCUGGAGAGAUAGUAAAGGAUGCCCAAGAGUCAUUGCCUGGUGGAUUAUGUGGUGAAACAGUGCUUGGUUCUCAUGAUGUGUUGAUAGCAUUGGAUCAGACCAGGUCAGCUAUAUUUGUUAUUGAGUUCAAGGGCUUGAGCCUCAGCUACAACAAGGUCCGCGUUUCAAAUUUUGUUCAAGACUUGUCUGGAACAGUCAAACUUCUGCCUUUGAUGUCCAAUGGUAUCAUAGCUUUGCAAUCAUCUUGUACUGUUUAUCUCCUGAAACUCAAAGGUAUGGAUGGGCUGGAAGUAAUUCAUAGCUUUGACAGACCAGCUGCUGUGAGUGAUGCUCUGGCAAUAACAGAAAAAGAUGAAGCUUUUGCUGUUGUGCAGCAUGUGGGUUCCCAAAUUGAAUUUAUUGUCAAAGUUACAAGUGAUUUAAGCAAUGAAGUUAUUAGGGAAAAAGUUGAUAUAGAUCAGCAUAGGGGCAGUGUUCAGAAGGUCUUCUUGAAUAAUUAUGUCCGAACUGAUAAAUCUCAUGGUUUUCGGGCCUUGAUUGUAAUGGAAGAUCACUCGAUAUUGUUAGUUCAGCAAGGUGCAGUUGUCUGGAGCAGAGAGGAUGGACUUGCUUCAAUUGUUGAUGUAAUGGCUUCUGAAUUGCCUGUUGAGAAGGAAGGUGUCUCAGUUGCGAAUGUGGAACACAAUCUCUUUGAAUGGCUUAAGGGACACAUGCUGAAACUCAAAGGAACUCUAAUGCUUGCGAGUGCUGAUGAACUUGCUGCAAUCCAAUCAUUGAGACUCAGAAGCUCUGAGAAAAAUAAAAUGACCAGAGACCAUAAUGGAUUCCGAAAACUUCUUAUUAUACUCACAAAGGCUGGCAAAGUGAUGGCUCUGCAUACUGGAGAUGGACGUAUUAUCUGGUCAAAUUUUCUGCCAUUCCUUCGUGCUUCUAAAUCUGGCGAAAUUUCUUCUGCCUUGAGGAUAUACCAAUGGCAGGUUCCCCAUCACCGUGUGAUGCGUGAGAACCCGUCCAUACUUGUUGUUGGCAGGUCUGGAGGAGAUUCUGUUUCUCCCGGUGUCCUCUCUAUUCUUGAUUCGUAUUCCGGAGAGGAACUUAACUCUCAGAGAUUUGAUCAUUCUGUUGCCCAAAUUAUCCCAUUGAUACUGAAGGAUUCGUCUGAACAGCGUCUUCAUCUUAUUGUUGAUUCCAAUUCUCUUGCUCACCUAUAUCCAAGGUCUCCGGAUGCCCUUAAAUCAUUUAUUCAUGAAAGGUCAAAUCUGUAUUUCUACUCUGUAGAUAUUCAAGAAAAUGCUAUCCGAGGGUAUUCAUUACAGAAAUCAUGUGACCUCAACUUGGAAGAUGAGUAUUGCUUUAGUACAAAGGAGUUAUGGUCUAUCGUUUUCCCUUCUGAUGCAGAAAGGAUUGCUAUUUCAGAAACACGAAAGCUGAAUGAGGUUGUUCAUACUCAAGCAAAGAUCAGUGCAGACCAAGAUGUGAUGUACAAGUAUGUAUCAAAGAAUUUAGUUUUUGUUGCCACAGUGUCUCCUAAAGCUGCUGGUGAAAUUGGAUCUGCGGCACCUGAAGAAGCUUCACUUGUGGCUUAUCUUAUUGAUGCUGUCACCGGUCGCAUACUGCACCGUGUGACUCAUCAUGGUGCGCAAGGCCCUGUACAUGCUGUUGUCAGCGAAAAUUGGGUUGUCUAUCAUUAUUUUAACCUCCGAGCUCACAGAUUUGAAAUUGCAGUGAUUGAGAUAUAUGAUCAAUCUAGAGCGGACAAUAAAGAUGUUAUGAAGCUCAUACUUGGGAAGCAUAAUUUGUCUGCACCAAUUACUUCUUAUUCCCGCCCAGAUGUGACGGUGAAAUCUCAGUCGUACUUUUUUACCCAUUCAGUGAAAGCAAUGGCAGUCACACAAACAGCUAAGGGUAUAACUUCCAAGCAGCUCCUCAUUGGCACGAUCGGUGACCAGGUUUUGGCACUUGACAAGCGCUUUCUUGAUCCACGACGAUCAUUAAAUCCUACACAGCAAGAGAAAGAAGAGGGCAUUAUACCAUUAACAGAUUCUUUGCCUAUUAUUCCACAGUCCUAUGUGACACACUCUCUCCAAGUGGAGGCCCUGCGAGGAAUCGUUGCUAUCCCUGCAAAGUUGGAGUCCACUACUCUUGUUUUCACAUAUGGCGUGGAUCUUUUCUACACCCGGCUUGCUCCAUCAAGAACCUAUGAUUCGCUAACUGACGAAUUCAGCUAUGCUCUGCUUCUAAUUACAAUUGCCGCAUUGGUUGCUGCCCUUGUUGUUACUUGGGUUUGGUCUGAGAAAAAGGAGUUGAGAGACAAGUGGAGGUAAGUGAGGCCUCGACAUUCUGACAUGAUGAAAUUUUGGGCCCUAGUCAGCAUCCUUAUCUUCCCAUUUAGUUUCUAGUGCUAGGGUUCGUUUCACUUUUGACUAGGCCAUUAUUUAUGUAACAUUUGAAAGUGAAGCCUGUUUCCCAGGAUGAAACUGCAAAGUCUUAUAGGAAAGCCACUUGUGCAAUUAGAAACCUUGGGCAUGACAUUGAAGAAACAGAUUGUGCAUGCCAUGCUUAUAAGUUGUAUAAUGUACCACAACGACCAGUUUCGGCACAAUUGUAGAAGUGCUAUUUUCUUAUGACUUAAUUCCACAUUCAAUCUUGUACCUUC